AUGACGGACGUGAAACAUCGAUCAGCGAGUGUGGAUGAAGCGAUCGAUGAAGAUGUUGCCAUACCGGAAGUCGCAAGACCCAUCGGAGUCAGAUUAUACCUUGUGAUAAUAUCUCUAUUUCUUACUCUAUUCCUGUCUGCUAUUAAUGUCACUGUUGUCGCAACCGCCUUGCCUACCAUCGCCUCACAUCUCAAUGCUACUACAUCCGAGUACACCUGGGUAGGCAGUGCGUAUACUCUAGCCAGCACUACAUCAACGCCAUUAUGGGCCAGAUUAUCAGAUAUUUGUGGCCGAAAGGGAGUUCUGAUGGUAACAAAUGUGACCUUCCUGAUAGGCAGCUUGAUAUGUGCUCUGAGCGUCUCGCCGGCGAUGCUGAUAGGAGGCCGAGUUGCGCAAGGCUUGGGCAGUGGUGGUAUAUCGGUAGUUGUGACCAUUGUGAUUGGUGAUUUGUUUUCCUUGAGAGAAAGGGCAAAGUAUUACGCUUUGACUGGAAUUGUAUGGGCAAUAUCUAGUGGUGUUGGGCCGAUGCUGGGAGGUGUGUUUACACAGACAAUUGGCUGGAGGUGGUGUUUCUAUAUCAACCUUCCUUUCGAUGGAGUUUCGCUAGUCUUCCUUUUCCUCGCCCUAAACCUCCCAACGAAAAGACAGUCAUGGCAGAAUCCCUUUUUCUCGUUUGACUGGGCCGGAUCUAUUCUGAUCGUGGGAGGCACAAUAUGUUUUCUCUACGGACUAGAAAUUGGUGCUAGCAAACAGCAUACAUGGGAUUCUGCAUAUACCCUCGGCCUACUCAUCGGCGGAAUUGUUAUUCUUGCCAUCUUCGGCUUAUAUGAAGCAUUUCAUGCAAAUAACCCAAUCUUCCCUAUUCGAGUCCUCAGAGAUAGAUCUAUAUUAGCAUGUCUUUCAACGGCCUUCUUCCACAGCUUCAUUUUCAUCGCCUACGACUACUUCAAUCCCCUAUAUUUCCAGACAGUCCUUGGAGUUAGUCCGAUCGAGUCGGGGUUAUACACACUUGCCCUCGUGCUACCAUUAUCUGCAAUGACUCUCAUCAGCGGUCUAAUUGUCAAACGCACGGGGGCAUAUCGACCCAUCAUUUGGAUUGCGGGAAGCAUGACGGUCCUAGGGACAGGGCUAUUCAUUGACUUCGGACCAUACCGUGCCGUAUCAAAGAUAGUUGCCUAUCAAAUCAUCGCAGGGUUUGGAGCCGGGCCACUGUUUCAGGCACCCAUGAUCGCAUUUCAAAGCCACCUUGUAGGGAAAGAAGAUCUCCUUGCGGCGGCAAUUGCAGCUUUUAUUUUUUUGAGGAAUUUAUCAAUGGCGGUGUCGCUGGUUGUGGGUGGAGUAAUAUUGCAGCAUGGAUUGAGUGACGAUGCAGCAUCGUAUCUCAAGGAUAGGGCCAGCUUGAAUCCUAAUGAUAAUGAUAAGGGAAUUAUUGACGGUAUAGUUGGUGGCUUCAGAGUUAUGUGGAUUUUCUAUACCGCUAUAGGGGGCUUGAUGUUGAUCUCUUCUCUUGCGAUUGGAAAGAAGGAUCUUGAUAGUGACUCGGACUUCCAAGGCAAAGAUUCAAUAUACCUUCUCUUUUUCCAUAUUACACCCACGCAGAACCUAGCAGCGUCUGGUAACUGCGUGUUACCAUCUACACACGAGAGCUGUGAUUCCAAGCUCCCGUUUCCGUCUAGCAACGCCCUUACCCUUUAUAGCAGUUUGAUCUGA